AUGGAUAAUAUUGUUAAACUUGCAAAAAAUAGUCAAGAAAUUGAUUCUGAACUUAGUGAGGAUGACAAUAUUUCUCUUGGUAAUUUUAGUGAUGAAUUAAUUGGUCAUUAUCCAAAAAUGAAACAUGAUCUACCAAUACAAAAUUUUUCUGCUAGCGGUCGUUUAAAGAACGUUGUAAAAAACAUUUAUAAUGAUCAAAUAAAUUUAUCAAGUGAGAAUAAACUCCAAGAGCAAUCAUCAAGAUCAAUUGGAGAAUUCGAUAGUCAGAAAGAUCAAAUAAAAAUACUUCAAGAAAAACUUUUUCAAACAAAUAACAGACUAUUUGAAUGCAAAAACACCUGCUUGUCAUUACGUCAGCAAAUAAAUAAAGCACAAAAAAUCAUAUCAGAAGAAAUUGGAGAGCACGUAACGAUUGCUAAUCUUUCGAAUCAUCAAAGUAAAUGGAAAGGAAGAAGUCAACAGAUAUUGCAACUACAACAUAAAGUAAUUCAACUUCAAAAUAGAAUAAAUGAGUACGAGAAAACUUCUAGACCAUCAUCAACUUUAAAAACUACAAGAAGAGAUUUACUUUAUUUAAAUAAAGCGAAAGCUCAAAAUGAUCAAUUUGCUGACGCUCUAACUACAAAAAAUCAAGUACAUGGAGUUGAAAAUAGAUAUGAUGAUAAAAAAAUAGAUAUGAAAAAUGUAAAAGACAAAACUCAACAAGAAAACGUGAAAUUAAAAAAUGAAUUAAAUGUUAUGAAAGAUCAAGUUGAACAAUUACAAAUAAAACUUAAAGAACGAGAAACAGAAAUAGAAACAUUAAAAUUAGAAGAUACUGAAAAUAAACUAGAGCAUAGUUUUAAACUUCAAUUAAACAUGAAUCAAACAUUAGCGAAGAAUUGUAAUAUAAAAGAAGUAAAAAGUGUUCAAGAAUCAAACGAAUAUAUUAAUUUGAUGAUAGCUGCUGAAACAGAACGAAAGAGUCUCCUAGAUUUGAUUGCAAUAUUAAAUCAGCGUUUAGAUAAAGAAAGGAGUGAUACAGAUCAUCUAUCACAACUCUAUCGUCAUGAAAAACAGAAAAACUCCAAGUUGGAAACCAGAGUACACCAGCUAGAGAUGGCACAAGUACAAAAAAUUAAUACUGGUUAUAGAAAAAAAAAUCCUCAAUCAAUGCUUCAGUUUUCACCAACAGAUCAACAAAUAAAUAUAGAACAAAUGCAAUACAAAUUAGAAUUUCUAGAAGAAGAAUGUCUUACACUCAAAACUCGAUUAACUACACUUAAUCAGGAAAAACAUCAAGAUUUUAUGCUAUACAAACAAAUGCUUGAGCAAUCUAAGAAAAUUUUUCAAAAUGCCUACAGGUAUGCUAUUAGUGUAAAAGAAAAUGUAUCACCAUAUUUAUCAGCGAUGAAACCUAAACUAUUAUUUGGUGUAGGGAUAAUACAACAAGUGAAAGAUAUUCAACUGCAAUCACAAUAUAAAUGCGGUAUUCUUUGUUAA